AUGGCACAAGGCUUUCUUAAUGACAGUUUGGCGGCAAGCGGUGAAGAUUUGGAUAUAGUUGGUGAUGAGUACUUUAAUAAUUUGGUAAUGCACUCAUUUUUUCAAGAAGUCGAUAAAGAUUCAAAAGGCAGGAUAGAAUUUUGUGAAAUGCAUGAUCUCAUCCAUGAUUUUGCAAAAUCGCUUGUAGAGAAUGAAUGCUUUACUUUGACGAUUAAAGAUACUAAUGCUCAGGAAUUCAAUUUCAGUAGGGCCCGUCAUUUAUAUCUAUUAAUAGAAGAGAUAAGUGUGAUUCCUUCUUUUGUUUACAAGGCAAAGAAUUUGCGCACUCUUAAAAUCUAUGGACAUAUUCCUAAUGUUUCUUCUGAGCUAUUCUGUGAAUUAACAUGUCUGAGGACACUAGAUUUGGGUAAUACUUACCUUGAAGAGCUUUCAAAUGAGAUAGAAAAGUUGAUACAUCUAAGGUACCUUAACUUAUCCCAAGCAAGGUUCAAAGAACUACCAGAAACAUUGACUAGACUGUACAAUUUGCAAGUAUUACAGCUUUAUGCUUGCAGGAAUCUUUAUAAACUACCUGAAGGGAUUGGGGGAUUGGUCAAUUUGAUAGAUCUUGGUCUGUUAGAAUGUCAUCAACUAAGUCACUUACCAGAAGGAAUUGGGAAAUUAACCAGAUUACGUGGUUUGUCAGACUUCAUUAUUGGUGGGGUGGAGAGGGGAGGAUGGAAGAUUGGAGAACUAAAAAAUCUCAACUUCCUCAAAGGUUCUCUACGUAUAAUAUCUUUGGAGAGAGUGAAAAAUGGAAAUGAGGCUAAGAUGGCAUGCUUGAAGGAUAAGCAAAAGAAGGAGAAGGAAGAAGAUGAGGAUGGAGGAUGUGCUAGAAAGAGGUGUAAGCAAUUGCCUUCAACUCUGGGGAAACUACCGUUCCUUGAAACCCUUGUAAUUGCUGAAAUGUAUAAGGUGAAAUUCAUGGGUGUUGAGUUUUUUGCAAUCGAUGAUGCUAUUAGAAGUGACAAUGGGGUUGACACAAUAUUCCCAAAACUCAAAGUAUUUCAGAUUGAUGGGAUGUGGAAUUUGAAAGAGUGGGAUAUGAGAGUACAAGAAAAAUAUGGAAAAGAAUUCAGCUUUAUGCCGUGUCUUGAGUAUCUUUCUCUUAUUGUAUUGCCCAAGUUAAGGUCGUUUCCACAACACCUUACCCAGUCUCUGUCCCUGAAGAAAUUGUUCAUAUGGUAUUGUCCAAAGUUGAAUUGGAUGCCAUCUCCAUCAUCCCAUCUUCCUUUUCUACACUUUGAGGAGUUGAUUUUAAAAUGGGAUGCAGGUUCAUUUUCAAAGUCAUUAGUUGCAAACAACCACAUGUUUUUCCCUAAGCUCAGAUUGUUAAGUGUAAGAAAAUCACCUUACUCGUCGUUACCUGAAGGCCUAGGGAACCUCACAUCACUUGAGACUCUAGAUAUCCGAACCUGUUCUAAGAUAAAGUCAAUACCUGAGAAGGAGUUGCGGCAUCUCACCACACUAAAAGAGUUGACGAUCGUGAGGUGUCCUGCCUUGAGACGACGUUGCAAAAAGGACAUAGGAGAGGAUUGGAGCAAGAUAUUCCACAUCCCAAAAAUCUUUAUUGAUGGUGAUAUGAUCAAACAAGGAACUGCUUCCACAACAACAGGACAUGGUGGAAAGAAGAGCGAACAAGACGCAACACAUCACAUACUUAAAAGUAAGCACAAUAUGUUAAAUUUUUAA